AUGGAGGUUCACAGGACCGAGUGGGAAGAUAGACAAUAUCAUUUGGAGAGCAUAAUAAAAAAGCAGUUUUACAACAAACAUGAUGAUAUAAAAGGGGAUGAGCAGAACGUUGGAGGAUUAAUUUCAAGAAAGAAGUUCAAACCGGAAGAACCUUGUAAAUGCUACAACUGCGAACACGUCAUACUGGUUGUAACAGAGUAUGUACAGAAGGAGUGUGUUUUGGAUAGAUAUGUUUUAGCUUACAAGACAUUGCUUGAAAAUAUAGAUUCCUAUGUUCAUGAAAUUAGGAACCAGUCUGACAUCGACCAUAUUGUGUAUAAUAAUUUUUUAUCGAAAGAUGAUCCACAUGUUUUCAAUAACGUUAAUAAAAAAAGUGCACCAUGCGCAACGAGUGUGGCAGAGGAUCGCCAGGAUGUUGAGAUGGAAACCUACACCAUUUCAACCAUCAUUACGAUAAGGACAAAAAUAUUGAAUGCCCUUCCCAUGCUAAAAGGGGUUUUAAAAAAUUUGUCCCACGAUGAGCAUAGUCAUUAUUAUAUAAGUAGCAGGGUUGGCAUUAUCGAGAGGGUGAAAAAUAAGAUAUACAGUUAUGUCAUGCGGAAAGAGAAAGACUGCACGUAUGAGGGUGUGCAAAUGAGGGGCACGAAGGUGAAUCAAGUGCGUUUGCGCGAGCCGUCGAAGGAUUGUAGCGACAGUUAUGAUGAGGUAGGGAACCGCGACUGGAUGGGAUGCCAGGAUUACUCGAACAAUGCUGAAGAGCGGUUCGAUCACCACGAUCGCUACGACAGAUAUGAUAAUUUCAACAACGGGGUUGAACAACCUCAAGACAUGCGCGACACUUGUGUCUCCCCCCAACGCAGGGCGUACUUACUCGGAGCAGACAAAAGGCACAUGACAUACUCCACCCGAAUGAGGAAAGAAGCAUCAUUAAAAUUUUACGAAAUAAUUAUAACAACGAAUCAGAAUUUGGUAAGUCUGAGGAGCAUUCAUCUGUUGAUCGAAAUGGUUAGCUUGUUUUACAGUUACUUAAUGAAAUUCGUAUUGGUGGGGGGAAAAAAUGAAAAGAUAAACUUCAUGGAACUUUAUCAGCUGAAGAAGGAGGAGUACACAUUUUGUGACGAAUCAAAUUAUCUCUUAUUUUAUAAGUUCAUUUUGGGAAAAUUAAAAAAAAAAAAAAAAAAAAAAGAUGAAAUCUUCUCGGAGGAAGGAAAACAGAUGGAUGUAAUUGGUGUGGAGAAAUCCCAAAGAGGGGAUGAUCACAGUGAGAGGAUGUACGACGCAUCUGACAAUAGUACAAGUUUUGAUUGCGAAAAUGGAGGAGAUGAUUCGAAUGUGGAGGCGCGCGCUCAAAUGGGGGUAGGGACCCCCUGUAAGAGGUACACAGAUCUGGAUAGUUGUUACGGCCACGGGGACACAGUUUAUACUAAGCGAAUUAGCGACUGCACACAGAAGAGUGACGAUGUUGCAAGGCUAAACGGAGGGGAUGAAACUCGUGGCGCGGAUUACACGAAUCGAGUGAGUGAUAAAAGUGGUCAUGUAUUUCAGUGGGGUACCCAUGAUGAGGAGUGUCCCCCCCAGGAGGAGUAUUGUGCUUCUGAGGAUGCGGGUUAUGUGUACCAUGAUGGGGAUUACGUGGAUCGCACCGAUGAGGUGGAUUGUCUUCCUGUGGAAGAGUUGCCAGAAGGAUCAAACACCCUUGGUGAGAAGGAAACCGAAGAAAUGGAAAAUUAUAUAAAACACAUACUUUCGUGUAUUGUAGGAGAGGGGGAUACGUACCUGAAUAUCGAACUUUUGUUUACCCUGCAUACCUUUCAGUUGAGUUACUUAUUCAAUGUAUUAAAGAAGAUAAUAUUAGCGAAGGAUAUCAAAAAUGAAUUCCUUGUCAUGUUAACCUACUGUGGGUAUAAAAUCCAUAACAGGGAAAUUAUCGAAUACUGCUUUUGGAAGUUAGUACGAAUAUUUGAAAGUGAGGAAUUACCAGAAUGUUGGUUGGUAGUGGAUGAUAAGGCAAAGAGUCAGGUGAAAAAAAAAUACAACGAAAUGAGAGAUAAUUUAAGGGUGAUGAAACAGAGGAUGGGAGAAACGGAGAUAGACAUGAAUAAAAGGAAGCAGAGUUGUCUUCUGCAGGGGAAUUGCCUCUACGUUGAUUGCCACGGUGGGAAUUAUGAUGGAUAUAACUACGAUGUAGCGUUUUAUGGACCGCUGAAUAUUUUCAAACCGAAUAAUCACUACAACGUGUGUAACAACAUCACGGAGGUAGACAUGAACAAAGGGAAUUUACAUUUUAACAAGAAUUUAAUUGACAAGAAAAUUUUUUCUCCAUUUAUCGAAAAAACUAAAAAGGAAUUUUAUCACUAUAAUGACAUUCCAAAGGGAUAUGUCAUAAAUGAAAUACAAAGGCUGCGAAAUUUUAGCGAUUAUUACUCCUGUUGCUACAUUUUAAAGACCAAUCAGAAGAAGAAAAUUUUAAUGGGGUUUAAAAAAAAGGGAGAAAAUAAAGUAUACUUGUACAGGUAUGAUAAAAAUAUUAAAAAAAGUUACCAAGGGGGGGAAAAAAAUAAGCCUUUUUUCAACAUUUCCGGUUUUUUAGGAAUUUUAAUUUGCAAUUUUACAGGCAUGAAAAUUAAAAUAUAUGACAAUGGCAUAGCGGAAAAAUAUGCCCAUUUUUUUCCUUCCUUUGAAAGAAAAAAUAUAAUUUCGAUAGGUUUUGAAUCAAAUAUAAUAAGUGAAUUGCCUAGACAUUUUAUAUGUAGUAUUUACAAGCUUAAUAAAGACGUUAAAAUUAUUUACGAAAAUAAAUGUCCAGUUUGGAAUGAUGAGAAGGAAAUUUACGAGUUGCCUUUUUAUGGAAGAGUUAAGUUAGCAAGUGCGAAAAAUUUGCAAUUAAUUUUAAAAAAAUGUGUAAUUUCAAAUGCGCGGAAGGCUUCCUUUGUAGGAAAAACCAUGAACGAUGUUAUUGAGUAUGUUAGCAGUGACACCUUCAGGGGGGAUUCCCCAAUAGCUAACACAUGUGCCAGACGAGGAACAGAUGGUCACCCUCCGCAGGGGCCUCCUACGUGUGCACCCCCCUCGCAUUCUCCCUACGAAGGGAGCUGCACCGGGGAGGGGGACUCAAUUAAGAAAGACGUGCUCAAGAAAAAAUUUCCCUUUGAUGUGAUCACAAAUAAUUUUAAAAAAAAAGAAGAAAAAAAAUUUGAAAUUUUGAACAACGAUGAGGAGGAAAUAUUUUUAAUUUUUGGGAAAAACUCAAAGGAUUACUUCACGCUUGAUUUUCGCCACCCCUUAUCUUCCUUCGAGGCGUUCUCCAUCGCCAUUUCGUCUUUGCUGAAGAAGAAGGCCGUUUCGUAG